CUCCUCAGUGUGUGUGUGUGUGUGUGGCGUGUGUCUGGACUGCAGAAUAUUUAGUUAACGGUAUUUCAAAAACCGCUUUGAUACAAAUGUCGGUGCUGUAAAUAAUUUGUUUUGUGUGUUUUGUUAUCAGACGAAAGUUGGAGAUGAAGUCGCUGUGAUUUGAAGUGCUUGCGCGACACAGCGCGCGGUGACUGUCAUCAACAGAAGUUUACGGCGAUCAGCGCGUGUAUUAAAAAGUGUCGCGCGAAAAUACAUGACGUCAGAGCGUUCAGGAAUACAGUUGCGCGAAUCCACUGGAUCCAGUGUUGCGUGCGUGAGGAUAUCUGACGUAGCGCCCAGUGUACAUUGGCAUGAUUUGUCUGGAGUGUUUUAGCUGGAUGUAAGCAUGAUAUUUUAUCUAUCAGUCGCGAGGAACAGAUUUAUCAACGCUUUCAGCUUUUGAUUGAAGAACCAGAGAGCUUUAAUAGGGACAUCAUGGAACUCUUUUGGAUUGUUUUCUUAAUUUUUGACAUUAUUUUCAUAACAGACUGCGCUAGAGGUCCUCCACGUGUAGCAGAGAAGAUCGCUCACCGGCAGACCGGCAGAAUCGGACGCACCAUGAAACUUCAGUGUCCCGUGGAGGGCGAUCCGCCACCCCUCAUCAUGUGGACCAAAGACGGCCGAAACAUCCACAGCGGUUGGAUGCGCUUCAGGGUCCUUCAGCAAGCCCUGCGCAUCAAAGAGGUGGAGGCAGAGGAUGCUGGGACCUUCAUUUGUAAAGCCACCAAUGGCUUUGGCAGCGUCAACAUUAACUACACCCUCAUCGUCAUCGAUGACUCCAGUGCUGGGAGGGAAGGUGCUAGACCAGCUGGUGAAACCGAGUACUCCACUGACCUGACAGGAAAACUGGUGCGGCCCCGCUUCACGCAGCCAGCCAAAAUGAGAAAGCGCGUGAUUGCGCGUCCGGUGGGGAGCUCAGUAAGGCUGAAGUGCACCGCGAGCGGGAACCCCAGACCCGACAUCAUCUGGAUGAAGGACAGCAGGCCUCUGACGCCCGGAGAGGUGGGCGAGGGCCGCAAGAAGAAGUGGACUCUCAGCCUGAAGAACCUCACGCCUGAACACAGCGGCAAAUACACCUGUCACGUGUCCAACCGCGCCGGGGAGAUCAACGCCACAUAUAAAGUGGAAGUCAUCCAGCGCACAAAUUCCAAGCCCAUCUUGACGGGCACUCAUCCAGUAAAUACUACAGUAGACUACGGUGGCACCACGUCCUUCCAGUGCAAAGUACGCAGUGACGUGAAGCCGGUCAUCCAAUGGUUGAAGAGGGUCGAACCGGGCGGCGAGAGCAAGUACAACUCCACUAUUGAGGUCGGAGACCAUCGCUUCGUUGUGUUGCCCACGGGUGAAGUGUGGUCACGACCAGACGGAUCCUAUUUGAACAAGCUACUUAUCACUCGAGCCAAAGAGGAGGACGCUGGCAUGUACAUCUGCCUGGGGGCCAAUACGAUGGGCUACAGCUUCCGCAGCGCCUUCCUGACUGUGCUGCCCGACCCAAAGCCGCCAUUCUCUCCAAUCCCGUCGGUUCUGCCUCCCAGUCUUCCCUGGCCCGUCAUCAUCGGCAUCCCUGCAGGAGUGGUCUUUAUUCUGGGUACCGUCCUGCUCUGGUUCUGCCAGUCCAGAAAGCACUGUUCCUCAGGAGCCAUAAUCUCAGCCCAGUCCUUACCCAACGGCCCCCGGCCGGCCCCGAGAGACCGGGCGCUCGCAGCUGCUGAUAAAGACUGCAUCGGCUCCGUCACCUACGAGGAGUAUUUGGCUCAGCAACAGCAACAACAGCUUCUGCUGGCCCAAGCUGCUCCCAAAGUCUAUCCAAAGAUCUACUCAGACGUUCACACACACACCCACUCGCACGUGGACGGCAAAAUUCACCAGCACCAACACAUCCACUACCAAUGUUAGCAUGUACCGAGGCCUUCAUGCUUGGUUUUUCUUCACAUUUUUCUUCAGUCUUUGGACCUGACAUACAGCAGUGUGUUAAGCCACUGCCUCAAACAAACAUUUCUGCUCAAAUUCGAAAGAAUAGAAAGACAAUUGAGCCAUGUUGUGGCAGUCUAACCAGUCCCUUUAUGAACUGUGGGCAAGGCUAACGAAAAAAUGAUGAUAUUUGAGUCUGUUUUGAAAUGGAGAAACGUUUCACAAAAAACACUGCUGGCAGAGCAAACACUUUCGCAGAUUUGUAUGGGAACAAACACACUCAAAUGUAUUGUGUCUUCAAUAUUUAUCUGCUUUCAAACUGUGAAACGCUACAAUAUUUUAAUAUGAUUUUUUCAUACGUCCAUUGACUAAUCUUGUGGAUGGGGCCAAAAGGAUUUUUUUUUUUUUGGAUUAGCACCAAAUCUCAGUGAAACGUUCAUAUGCAUGCAUAAGAAAAUUGUUUGCAGAUCCUUCCAGUUACAGUGUAUUUAGUUACAUCCGAUUGAAUGCAUGAGAGCGUACAGUAUGUUGAUGUUUUUGCAGGUAUGGUCUACCUUGUUUCGACUUUAAGAAAUAGUGUAGGUUCAGUCAAUCUAGUUUUGUAUCUUUAAUGGAAAAAGAGAAUAUUAAUGAGCUAUUGUUAUACCGUAACUAAAGAUACAAAGAGAUUUUGCAGAUGUACGUUCUGGCAAGGGGGUUCCUUGUGUUUUUCAUUAACUUUAUACUUUUCUUUUCAGGCCCUGCUCUGAAUAACCUGAGGUACCGCAAUCCCAUAGUUGCUCUAUGGCCUUGUUUUUCGUGUGUGUGUGUGUGUGUGGGAGGGAAGUUGUAUUAUCAUAAGCUUGACCACUAUAAUGAAUACUGUGUAAAAUGCCUUUGACUGCUCUUGUAAUGUCUGCCCAUUUAAUAUUUACAGAAGUGAGUCAGAGUUUUAAAAACAAACCAUAGACUAAAGCUCAGACGUAUUGUGGAUUGGCCGUGCAUGUGUUUACCGUGAUGUUCAUGGUAAUGGGUCAAUGCUGAAAGGACUGCGGGAAUACACGAAUGCACUUAACCCAGACAUCUGACAAAAAAAAAACUUUGAAAUUCAUUGCCCCUGUUAUUUUAACAAAGUCAGCCAAAAGAGGAAAGUGAUUCUAAAGUAGUUAAUUUAUUUGUAAGCAAUGACUUGAUGCUUUGAAUUGGGCAUAAUCUAGAUGUUUUAAACCAAAAACGAGUAAAUUGUGUUCCCUUAGCUGCAGUGUAAGCUAUGUAGCAUAUAUCAAGUGUUGAAUAUUUAUAUGCGCUGUUGAAAAAAUAACACAACGGUCGUAAUUAGUUAUCUCUGUAUGGACAAUCUUGUACAGUUUGGCCUGUUUUUAAAUUAAAAAAUAUAUGUUUGUCACAUUGAAACAUUAAAAUAAUUUUAUCAUUAUCAUAAAAUGAUAAAGCUCUUGUUCACCAGG